AUAUAAAUUGUGUAAGAUUAGCACAUAUCUGGAAAGCAAAAGUUGAAACCGGUAGAAGGAGGAAUAACCUAAAGUUCCACCAAAAAUUGUUUUUCGGCAAGUAAGGAAAAUCGGCCUAAAAAGGAAUAACUAAAUUUGACUGUGGUUCCCAUCUUUUUGUUCAUCAUAAUUAUUUGUGAAGCCAAUUGUUGAUCGAAACAGUGAAAUCAUAACUGAAAAUGUCGCAUUUGACCACCGAAUCUGAACUGUCUGAAGCCUUGUCUGGCAUAUCACUAGAGGAUGUGCUCACUAGACAUCGGCGGGAGCGCAAGAAUUUGCAAGCUAAAAUACAGGCCUUGAAAAAAAAUGCUCCAAAAAAUGAUAAAAAGAAACGUAAAGAAACAAUGGAAGAAGUGGCACGCUUGGAGAGCGACUUAGAAAAACGGCAAGCUGCUGAAUUAGCGGAGCUAGAAGAAACACAACAGAAGGAAGAACCCUCUUCGCAAAGAACAUCAGAUGAGCAGCAAGACGAUUUAAAACAGGAGUUGUGCAAUGACGAAGGAGAAGAAAACACAUGUACUACUCAACGCGUUUCCAAAGCACAAAAACGACGCGAAAAGAAGGAGAGGGAAGCCAGGCAACGAGAGGAGGAUAUACGAGCUGCCGCUGAGGACGCAAAAUUUGCGCCAAAAGCUGUUGAGGCACGUACUAUACAGGCAAAGUUGUUGGAUCGAAAGUUAGCUCCACAUAGCAUACCCUCCGAUGGUGAUUGUCUCUACAAUGCAGUUCGCCAUCAGUUAUCUCAAAACGGAUUAGCGGCCCACAGUGUACAAGAACUACGAAAUGAAACUGCUAAUUAUAUACGCGCUCAUAAGGAUGCACUUAUUUGUUAUAUGACAAAUACAAAAACUGGUAAUUUGCUUACCGACUCUGAAUUUGAGCAAUACUGUGAGACACUACGUACUACCCCAGCGUGGGGUGGGCAAAUUGAAUUAAAAGCUCUAUCUUCGGUAUUAAAAGUACCUAUUGAAGUGCUGCAGGCGGAAGGACCACCUACUACGCAGGGAGCAGACGAGUUUGCGGGUCCAAAUCUAUUAAUAACUUAUCACCGGCACAUGUAUAGUCUGGGUGAGCACUACAAUUCAACCGUACCCAUAGACCAAGCAGAUACCGGCAAUACCAAUGAGAGUGGAUAGAAAUCCUAGCAACCGUUAUGUCUCUUAGAAAAACUAUAUAUGAAGGAGCAAGGCGAAUUCAAUAAAGGUGGUACAACAGCAACAUAUAAUAUUUUACAUUACGUCCCCUUAGUAUAACAAUAGCCUAUGUGCUCAUAGACUAUUAUUUUUUUUAUUGAAUUUUUGGAUUCUCCAUCGUCGAUUUUAUAUGUGGUCAAAAUUUUGUCAAAUUCUAGUUCCACAAAGUGGGUCAAAACGUCAGUCAAAAAAUAAUAAAUA